AUGUCUGCAUCAACAACUACCUCUCAAUCAAAACCACCUUUACGUUCACAAAGAAAUCUUUGCUGGAAGUUACGAGAUGAAUACUUUGAAUGUUUGGAGAAUAUUACGCCAUUAAUUAACAACAUUCAUAAUAAUACAUUAAACGGUGGGGAUAGUAAAUUAAUUGUUGACCCAAUUUUAGUGCAAGAAAAUGACGAAAUACAAAAAUUAGUAAAAAAAUUUAAUUGUUGGAAGAAAAAAGAAGAAUAUGAAAAAGCUUGUAUAACUAGCUGGGUUGAAUAUUUUAAUACAAGAAGACGAUUAGAACUUAAACAACGUGCACAAAAUAUUACGGAAACUGGAAAAAAUUAA